CAGUUUCGGGUAACGUCCAUUACUCUUCUAGGAAGUUUCGAGAACGGACACGAGCAGUAAUAUUGGUGAGUUCUAUGCGCUUACAACAGUUUGUUGAAUACUAUUACGUGGAGUGAGUCGAGCGUUAACGGCACACGGAUAUUUUCCACGCGUUGCUCUCUUUCUGCUGAUACAGCAGGGACAAUACUAUUGUAAUUGAGGAUCAUUAGAAAAUAAAUUAAUAAAAAUGGUGAAAGAAACUACAUUUUACGAUGUUUUGGGUGUGAAACCUGGAUGUUCACAAGAUGAUUUAAAAAAGGCUUACAGAAAACUUGCUUUGAAGUAUCACCCCGAUAAAAAUCCCAAUGAAGGAGAAAAAUUCAAACAAAUCUCACAAGCAUAUGAAGUAUUAUCGAAUCCUGAGAAGAAGAGAAUUUAUGAUCAAGGUGGAGAGCAAGCUUUGAAAGAAGGUGGAGGAGGUGGAAAUGUAUUUUCUUCACCUUUGGAUAUCUUUGAUAUGUUCUUUGGUGGAGGCUUUGGUGGGAGAAGUGGUCGUAGGAGAGAACGACGAGGGCAGGAUGUUAUACAUCAGUUGUCAGUUUCAUUGGAGGAAUUAUACAAAGGAACUGUCCGUAAAUUAGCUUUACAAAAGAAUGUCAUUUGUGAUAAGUGCGAAGGUAUUGGUGGGAAAAAAGGUUCAGUGGAACAAUGUACAACGUGUCAUGGUUCUGGUAUGCAGGUUCAAAUACAACAGCUAGGACCUGGAAUGUUACAACAUCUGCAAAGUAUAUGUGUAGAUUGUAAAGGUCAAGGAGACCGAAUUAAUCCUCGUGAUCGUUGUAAACAAUGCGGCGGCAGAAAAACCAUUAGAGAUAGGAAGAUUUUAGAAGUUCACGUUGACCCAGGUAUGGUGCAUAACCAGAAGAUAGUUUUUGCUGGAGAAGGUGAUCAGGAACCGGACUACGAGCCAGGAGAUAUCGUUAUUCUUCUCGAAGAGAAAGAACAUGAGGUUUUCAAGCGUUCACGUCAUGAUUUAAUCAUGAGGAUGCAGUUGGAGCUUGUAGAAGCUCUUUGUGGAUUCCAGAAAGUUAUUCGCACUUUGGAUGGAAGAGAUUUAGUAAUAACUUCAUAUCCCGGAACUGUUGUGAAACACGGAGAUCUGAAGUGUAUUCUAAAUGAAGGAAUGCCAAUUUACAAAGAUCCGUUUACGCACGGCAGGCUUAUAAUUCAAUUUGUAGUGAAUUUCCCGAAAUCUAUGGACCCUUCUGUCAUUCCAACACUUGAACAAUGUCUACCACCAAGGGAAGAGGUUAUAAUUCCAGAGGGAGCAGAAGAUUGUUCUCUCAUGGACUUGGAUCCAGAACAAGAAGUGAGACGAAGAGAGCAACGACAAGCGUAUGAGGAAGACGAAGGGGGUUCUUCAGGAGUCCAAUGUGCCACAAAUUAAUUCAAUCACAAUAAAUAUGGUCAUUCUUUCAUUUUAAACUUUUGUCCCAUUCGCUCGAUUUCUGAAUCAUAUGUAAUAACAAAAGAACGAAAAGAUGCGGACACGUAACAAAGUUCUUCAGAUGACAAGAACCUGAGGAAAAAUGUUUGCACUAUGAAAUGCUACAUCGGUAGAAUCACUAUUGAUUCUAGUAUAAAGAUCACCACAAAUACUAAACUGUAUAGGAGACCUUUAACGCUGUUGAUGGUACAUUUAUUAUCACUUCUGAAUUAAAUUAUAAAUUCUGGUGAAAAUUGCUAAUGAGCUGGUUAAAAAUUAGUUCAAAAUGUUUGCUGUAGAAAAGUAUUUAAAAAGAUGUACUUAUCAUCAAGCACGUUACAUAACGUUACAUUGGAUGUCGAGUAAAUUCAGCUUUUCUUAAUCAAAUAACUUUAGAGUUCUCUUAGAUUAAGAAAAGCUGAAUUUACUCAACUACUGAUGUAACAUUAUGUAACGUGAUUAAUGAAAACAAAUCAUAAUCAAUUGUAUCGUGUAAUGUUGAACAUUCUUAUUAUUUUCUGCUAUUAAUGAAUUAAUGAAUUUGUUUUUAUUUGACAGUUUUCAACACUCAUCGAUACGCGCGUACCGAAUGGUAGAAAUAAAAUUAGACAGUCGAAAUUAGUACCUUACCUCUAUUCACAUAUUCCUUCAAAUUGUUUAAAUUACUAGCGUUUGAUUACGACACAAGCUUUUGAAAUUUAAAUCGAUGUUUACAUUAGUGAUGUAACAAUCAUAAAAAUAGUGUGAGAUAUUGGUAAAUGCAUUCUAUUAUAACAGAAAUAAAAUGUAAUCUCGAUCUCUACAGACUUUAAAAUUACUUUCUCUUUUAUUUUUCAGCGAUUAAUUCAUUUAUAGAGUCUCGUGUAGUGACAUAUGACUAAAAUAUUUUAUGUCUAUUAAAAGUACAAUUCGUGAAAAAAAGAUGUGGUUCCUGUAUAUGUAAUAAGUGGAUUACUGCGCGUAUUCAUUGUCUGUUGUGUAGUAAAAAAUAUUCCAGUGUUUAUUUAUAGUCGUAAUACUGGAAGUGAAAGUAAAAGAAUAAUUUCAGAAAAUGUAUUUAGUAAUGUUACAAAGAGGCUGCUUUUUUUAAUAUUAUAACAUAUUUCGUCUGCAUUAAAGUUGAAUAAUGCGCGUGAAUAGCUAUUCGUUAAUAUGUAUGCGUUGGAUUAAACGCACCUUCAACAUUCACAUAAUUUACUGUAUACAACAAAAUCAUGUACUCGUCCGCAAUUACUAUAGCGAAUUUAAAUAGGCGCGUAUUAUAAUCUUAUUUAUUAUAGAUAAAUUGGUGAUUGAUUAGUACGUUUCUGAAUCGUCUCAAAUAAAUUGAAAAAAGUAUAAUGUCAAA